AUGAAAAUCGAUCUCAACUUUUCUUUUUUACUUUGUUUUCUUUUCUUCAUCAACUCAAUUCAUUGUGAUGACUUCAAAUGCCCAGAAAAGGGUAAAGUUGGUGAAUUGAAAGUUCCAGAUGUUACCAGUUUGAUUGAUGAACAAAAUGGUUAUCAUGCUUCUGUUGAAGUUGUUAAACCAACUCGAAAAAAUUUAAUCCAUGAUUAUUAUCAUCUGGAAAAUAAAUUUGGCUUUAUUGACUUGGAAGCAACCAUCCAAGAUAAAAUUAACCAACGUUAUUAUUAUCAUUCGACAGACGAAAAAAUUGAUGUCCAAGGAGAUACAUGCAAUAGUUGGAACUUGACCCAGAAUGAGAAAAUGGAAUUGAUCAAAGAUUGGUUUGAACCAAAAGAUAUUGUCGCUAGUUCAGAAAUGUUCAAAGAUUUGGUUCAUUUGGGACCAACAGGGUUAAUGAUUUAUGCCAACAGUAUCAGUGAUAAAGCUUCCUUCAUAGGAUCUGAGCUGAUUGAAGGUCGUGCUGUUAAUCACUGGUUUUAUUGUACCAAUUCUGAUGGACCUUACAUUGACUUUUACUUUGAUGUUAAAACUUCAUUGCCUUAUCGGUUCUCGUUGUAUUAUCCUGAAUGGAUUGAAACUCAGGAGGCGAUUUCAAUUGAAGGUAAAAUAGUUAAAAAGCAAGUUGAUUCCGAGUCAAAACAUGUUUACAACUUUUACUCGUUCAAACCGCUGGUCAUAUCGACAGUUGAUACCAUUCCAUAUCCAUUGGGUUAUGGAUGUGUGCGUAAAGGUGCUCGUUCAUCUACUCCAUUACCAGAUUUUAGUCAAGUUGAAGAGUUUGCUAUGGACAUGGAAGCGAUAAUCACCUACUCUGAUCGUGACCCUGUCAAAUCAACGUGUCGCGUAAUGAAACGAGGUGAUGUUAUUUCAUACGAAAUCCAAGAAGAAACUGAAAUGGUUCGUUCCAUUGAAAUGCCACCUCCUUUGGGACGAUUUCUAGUUUAUGAACACACCGGUCGAUGCCGUCAUUAUACAUCAUAUUAUUCUUCGGGUGUUAAACUUAUCACUGAUUGGCCUUUAAAUCAAGCUAGUUCUUACAAUCUAUUGUACUAUUUGGUAAUGAAACCGCCUGAAUACCGUAUACCCACGACUUUUAUCGCUGAAAUACCUUUAGGACCUUUUCGAGUGAAAGAAUACAGAGCAGAAAACUUCUUCACAAAUAGAUUCGAUGCCAUUGUCGACUACUAUUAUACAAAGAAUGCCAGUGCUUAUGUCCCAGAUAAAGUUAUAUUUACCAAAAGCACUGCUCGUGAAAUUUUUUUCGGUCUCAGGGAUCCUCCAACUCAGGUUGAGGUAACCAUAAUCAAUUACAAAGAUCGUUACAUUGACUAUGAAGAUCGAUUCGAUGUUUCUGCUUGUUAUGAAGAACCUGGAAGCUAUACUUGGUUUCAACUCUUAUUUUCAAAUCCUUCGCUGAGUCAAUUCAAUAUGGAAACAAUUAAGGAAUCAACAGAAGAAUACUUGACUUCAUUCAUCCCAAUAACUCGCAUCGGUGAAAUUCAUGCACAGCAAGUUUAUUCAAAUGUAUAUGUUACUGUUAAACUUUAUGAUCGUGUACCUUUAAUUGAUGCUUACACUAGUUUGAAUCUUUAUACACUUACCAAUCCUUCAAAUAUUGUGCAAAGAUUCAAGCUCGACGAUUGUGAACAACUGUGCAGUGCAAAUCCUGACUGUGACACCUUUAGUUAUUGUGACAAUUAUGAUUGUUCAAUAUCAACAAAGUCUUACACAGAGAAAGAAUACAAACGAGACUGCAAAGUUUAUAUUAGAGAAAUAGGGGAUUACUCAGUUACUCAGUUCGUCGAUCAAAAUUAUUUGUCGACAAUGUCACACGUGUUGCAAAAGAUAAGGAAUAAAGUCUCAGCAGGCGAAUUUCGUUUAGACUGGGUCGGCAUAUCAGCUGAAGAUUUGUUCAUUGUGAAUGGACCUGAAGAGAUCGGUGAUAUUUCCCAGGAACUAAUCACAAGUGAUUCCAAUACUGGACCUGCAAGAGCUGAAGAUUUUCCGAUAAUUAAAAUUGAUCGACAGUUGAAGGAAGCACCGUUCAAGAUUGAGAAAGUUACUCUUCAAGAUUGUUUCAUGGCUUGUUUCAAUGAUGAUGAUUGUAACACACUUUCAUAUUGUAUCAAUCAGAAUAAGGAAUGCAUUCUGAGUGGAGAAACACUGAGUUCAUUGAAUGAGACACUUGCAGACAAAACAAACCAUGCAGACGGAUGUAACAUCUAUCAAAAAUCAUUUACGAAUCUAUUCCAUGAGUAUCCUGGAAAAAGUCUAGUUCUGGAUGCUGUCUCAACUAUAUCUGAUGUACCAAUAGCUGAUUGUGCUAAAAGAUGUGCUCUUGCAAAUGAUUUCAGUUGUGAAUCAUUUGAUUAUUGCAAAGACAAUAAGCAACGAAAUGAAUCUGUUUGUUUCUUACAUGUUAACCACAUUGAGAUAGAUAAAGCUCAUCGAAUAAAUGCAACAACCUGGAAGUCGGCUGAAGCUGGAUGUUCCCAUUAUUCAAAAAAAUUUGAACUUGAUUAUGAACAUAAAGUUGGACUUGCAUUGAAAGAAAAUACGAAAGAAUCAAUUGUUGCAACCUUUGACCAUUUAUUACUAGAACACUGUGCUUCCAAAUGCAAUGCCGAUCCUAAUUGUUUUACUCUUGAGUUCUGUGAAACAAUUGAUUACAAUCAAAUUUCCGAUAGCAGUUCUUCAUUGACAAGUUGUUCAUUGACAAACUUGAAACCAAUUAAUGUUAAUCAACCUGGACUAUUUGAAGAAUCAAAAAACAACGCAAUUUGCUCAAUUUACAUAAAUCACAAGAAGAUUGCCGGAAAAAGUAGAACGAAACCACAGCCAACUGAUACACCAUCUGAAUUAUCAACUAGAUCCACUAAUUUUACCUUAACAAUCGGUUUGAGCACAAUAGUAUUUGUAUUGGCAUUUUCUGUUGGAUUUUUUGUAUUUGCAUUUGCUGCUAAAAGAGUCAUUUCAUAGACUAACUUAUCAGAGUAAAACUAAAGAUGAAUGAUCAGGAUUUAUACAAUCUAAAUCAGAAUGGUAUAUUUAUUCAACAUAAUUAUGUAGUUUAUUAAGUAUUGCAGUUGUUUUUCAUUAAGUGAUGUAAACAAUGUAAAGUAGCUCUUCAUCAUACUUUGCAUAAUUCAAUGCUUUUG